AUGUCUCAUGAAUAUUUCUUAGGGCAACAGACAUCAUACGGGACAAAAACAAACGUUUUUACGACAACGACCAAACCAACGACAACCACCACCAAACCUACGACAACAACAACCAAACCAACAACAACCACCACCAAACCAACAACAACCACUACCAAACCUACGACCACAACCACCAAACCAACGACCACAACCACCAAACCAACGACCACAACCACCAAACCAACGACAACUACAACAAAACCAACAACAACUACCACGAAACCAACAACAACAACUACGAAACCAACGACAACUACCACCAAACCUACAACAACCACCACCAAACCAACUACAACAACAACCCGACCAACCACAACAACCACCCGAGCUCGCAAGACAACAACGACCCGACCUCCAACGACCACAACUCAACCACCACCGCCGGUACCCGAACCCCAGCUCCAAAUCCAUCUCAUUAGCGCAUCUGGGGCCAAUUCGGCUUCUUCCGCCGCUCAGCUUACCGAGUUCCAGUUCGGUAACGGCCCGAUUGUAAUUCCGAUUCCGCAACUUCCUGUGGGAUAAGGUGCCGGGUAACAUUGGAAUCC